AUGCUGUUCUUAAUCACUCUUAAUAAAUUUCGUUGGAAACAUGUAAACUGGAUGAUUUUCGUUCUUGAAAAUAUACUGCUUAUUAUUCAACAAAGUAUGAGUCAAAAUUGUAAUCAAAGAAUAUAUGGACUAUUCAAUGGAAGUAUUAUUAGUAUUACUACUAAUAUGACAGGUACAAAUGUUGCACAAUUAUGUUGGUUAUCUAAUGAAAAUUUCACUUACUUACAACCAUUGAAUGACUGUUUGGACUUUAGUGUAGUAUGGAUAACUGAGCCACCAAAUGAAUGGCAUAUUGAUGAAAUAGUUAGAAUUAGAUUUUUUGUAACUGCUUCUCCAUCAUUUUACGGACAAGCUAUACAGUUCAAUAUAUUUUCACGUAAUCCAUUAUUAAGUUCAAUUGGCGAUGUAUCAUCGUUUUGUUCUGCAACAUCUUGCAAAAUAUUUCAAGUUGAAAGUACAUGUUGUAUAUGGCAUAUGAGUCUGUUUAUGAAUAGAUUAACUUCUCCCAGUGAACAAUUUCCUUUGGAUGUUUGUGAUUUCAAUAAUUUUAAUAAUAAAAGUAUACCAGUUUAUUAUGGUUCAUCACUGAAUUCUGAAUGGAGUCUUUUAGUUCCAAAUGUUACACAACCAGGAAUUUAUUUAUUACUUGUUCGAAUACUGGUUGGAAGAUUUCAAAGUAUUUUGGUAAAAAGAGUAACAAUUACAGGUCCAGACAUUUACCGUAUAUUACAAGAAAAUCAAUCGCUAGAAGUAGUGGAAAUAGUUUUAAUCGUAUUGGCUUGUUUAUUACUGCUGGUUAUUGGAUUUAUCUUAUUGUACUAUGUUAUAAGAAAACAUAAAACAAACAAGGAAAUCGAAGAAACUUGGGUACUCAAUCCAGAGAAAAUUUGUGAUAUUGAUCCAGAGGACAGGUGGAUUAAAAUGUUUCUAUCCCGUUCAACAAACUGUUCGCUUAAGAUGAUUGACUGCGUUCCAGUAGCAAUGAAAGAAGUCUACGUAGAAUUUACUGAGUUAACAAGCGAUAUGCAAAGACAACUAUGGGAAGUUAAGAAAAUGAAACAUAAUAAUUUAGUGAAGCUCAUUGGGGCCACAUUUAUAUCACCUGUCUUAUCAUUAUAUACAGAGUUUUGUGAUAGAGGAAGUUUGUGUUACGUACUUCGACGUGAUUCUAUCCCGCUAAGUUGGAGUUUAAGAAUAGGUUUUUUAACUGGUCUUGCUAAUGGUUUAGCUUAUUUACAUCAUUGUCAAAUUGUACAUGGUCGAUUGAAUUCAUCAAAUUGUGUGAUUAGUGAUAAAUGGACAUGUAAAAUAACAGAUUAUGGAUUAGAUAAUUUAAUUUGGUCAAAUGAUUUUGAAAAACAUAAAACGUUUUUAGAUAAACCAGAAAAUUUACCAUAUAUUCCACCUGAAUACAGAGAUUAUAAAGAAACACUAUUCGUGCCAGCAGUAGACAUAUACAGCUUUGGUACAAUCAUGUGGGAAACAGCAAGUCGUAGUGAUCCGUCUCAAGAUGACGAAUUUGUGGCAGACCCAAUGUAUAAUCACCCGGAAUUGCCGACUAAAAGACGUUUUGAAACUGAUGUUAAAUACGAGGUUGCAACAGUACCGCCUUUUGAAGAAUACAACAAUUUGAUGGAAUCUUGUUGGAAAUGGUUGACAAAGUUUUAUCCAAAAAAUAUUGGAGUUGAUGAAGAUACAAUACUUACGAAAGAAUAUGCUAAAUGUCUUGAAUCUAUUAUUGAAGAUAGAACACAAGCGCUUCGUAGUGAACAAAAAAUGGCAGACACUUUACUUAAUAGUAUGUUACCAAAACAAGUUGUAGAAAUGCUAAGACAUGGUGAGAAUGUACCGCCUGAAGCAUUUGAACAGUGUACAAUAUACUUUAGUGAUAUUGUCGGUUUUACCACAAUUUCAUCAAGUUCUACACCAUUUGAAGUUGUAGAAUUUCUAAACAAACUGUAUACUCAAUUUGAUGAUAUCAUUGAUCGAUACGACGUUUAUAAAGUGGAAACAAUUGGUGAUGCAUAUAUGGUUGCAUCAGGUGUUCCAAGAAGAAAUGGUGAACGUCAUGCGAUAGCAAUAGCUGAUAUGUCACUUGAUCUAGUCAAUGUUUCACACAGUUUCGUAAUUCCUCACAAACCUGAAGAACCGUUAAAAAUUCGAGUUGGUUUACAUUCAGGUCCAGUAUGUGCUGGUGUUGUUGGUUUGAAAAUGCCAAGAUACUGUCUUUUUGGUGAUACAGUCAACACAGCAAGUCGAAUGGAAAGUACUGGCGAAGCUUACAAAAUACACUGUUCAGAAACAACACACGCUAUAUUGGAUCGACUUGGUGGUUUCACUUUUGAAAAACGUGGUACAAUAACUGUGAAAGGAAAAGGGGAUAUGCAGACAUGGUGGAUCACAGGACGUACUAGAGCUGAUUUGGCGAAAGAUUGCUGCCCACUGCCACUGAACUGGAAAAAAAGACUGAAAAAAACAGAACCUUCAAACCAAACUGAGAAUCCAUGA